AUGAAUGAAGAAGUGCAAGAUGAAAUUUCUUCCGAGAGUUUCAAUAUCAAUGAUGCGGACAUAAAGUUUACUAAUUAUCUCAUAUCGUAUGAAAAAUACAACAAGGAACGCUAUUAUCUUUCCAAGAACGGCAUGGGCGAGAGGCUCUUGGCAAGGGCACUGAGGCGACUACCCAAUCUAGCAUCUGUGGAUGUAGUAUUCUCAAGCCCUUGGAUUGGGGCCAGAAUGAUCUUGGGGCAGAUGCAUGGCGUUUCAGGAUUAGAGUACGAUUUCAGCUCCUCCGAGCCCAUCAAUACUCUGUUCCACUCCAUAAUUCAAGCAUCAAUAAGGCUCAAGUCUCUCAGAUUCAUGAACGCAGAUGACGUACUCCUGGUCGGAGGGGUCAACGAUCAUGAUUAUCGCACCCUGGGCAAGGAAACACGGCCAUACAAAAGCCUUGCCGUACCAAAUGGAGACGAGGCUUCGGGUUCGACAUUCUCAGAGAGCCGAAAGCUUAUUGCCUAUUUGACAAAUGAAUCAUCGGCAUUGCGAGGGCUUGAAACCUUUGAAAUACUGCGAAUAUCGUCCGAAGAAACUCCACAAAGGCCUCAGACUUUCUGGGAGUCAGUGAGCGUCUGUCUAAUAAAUAACGCGCCGACAUUGAGGAUCCUACAAAUAGGUGGAGAGCUCGUAGGCUGGGAGACAUAUGCUAUCUCCAAAGCCAUGUCGGACACGACAUUUCCAGUCUUAGUUACCUUAUCAAUGACCGAGAUGUUUUUCUCCAAGGCUGAGUUACUGAUUGACAUCAUCAAUGCUACGCCCAAUGUGCAGGAGUAUUCCACGGCAGCCAGGGUGGAAACAUGUCGCGAAUUGCAUCAGAGAAAUGAAGAUGUCCCUGCUGAAGAGUUUCAAAGUAGUGCAUGGCCUGCCAAUCGAGGUGACAGAGAUGGCUUCGUUCCUCAGAGGAGAAACCGACAGCAACCCCCUCGAGGCUUAUCCGUAUCAUAG